GAUCUUGAACUUCAAACCCAACCAGAAGCAUAGCCAUCUGGUUAUGGAAGGUGGACAAUUGACCAUUUAAUUCUACAUGCCACCCUUCGUUGUUUUGCCGGCAGCAAGGGUCAUCCGCCAUGGGAGGCUGCAACACCAUUUGUUGACGCCUUGCCGGUUGGUUGCACAGUGCUGUUUCCGAACUAGCUAUACGCCGCCCGUAACAAGACAAAGCUCCUCGUCCUCUUCGACUCGGUGGAAGAGCAGGCAAGGCCGAGAUUCAUUUGCGAGGGAAGCUAAAGUUCGAGGUCUUCAAAGCCGGGCAGCCUUCAAGUUAUUAGAGAUCGAUACGAAAUAUAAGCUGUUCAAAAAGGGACAGACUGUUAUAGAUCUGGGUUAUGCACCAGGAAGCUGGUCACAGGUUGCUGUGGAACGCACCAAGCCCAAUGGCCGAAUUAUUGGAAUAGACAUCAUUCCGGCCCAGCCGCCGAAGGGCGUAUCUACUAUUCAAGGAAACUUCUUGUCAAAAGAUGUGCAGGCAGAGAUCAAGAAAUUUCUUAAUGAUCCACAUAGGGGUCGACCUCAACAGCAGAUGCACGCCCCUAUAGCUCAGGAGCCCGGCGUGGACGAUCCCCAAGAAGAUGUGCCAACGGCGGACAAGGGAAAGAAGCUCAAGGAUGAAUCGGGGAAGACGAUUGAUAUUGUUCUAAGUGAUAUGUCCGCACCCUGGGAACAAACGAGUGGUUUUUGGAAGAGGAGUCUAAGUAAUCCGUAUAUUAGGAUGAUGAAUACGAGCGGUAUACCGUUCAGAGACCACACAGGGAGCAUGGAUCUAUGCAACGCCGCGCUAGAGUUCUCGUACGACACUCUCAAAACUGGCGGCCAUUUUGUUUGCAAGUUCUACCAAGGCGCCGAAGAUAAACAGUUGGAGAAUCGCCUGAAGAAGCUGUUUGGCGCCGUUCAUAGAGAGAAGCCGGAAUCUUCAAGAAGUGAAUCGAAAGAGGCAUACUUUGUGGCGUUACGCCGAAAAGAGGCGGCCAAAUAUGCGGACAUUUUCGGGGGAGAUGGGGUAUAACAGCUUCUGGGAAGCACUGUAACAUAGUUGGUUGGUGAAGAAACAUAAUAAUACAAAUCUCACAUUGAAGCGAGCAGUCAGGGAUGAGCAAUUGGUCAAAUACAUAAAGG